AUGUGGAAAACCCAAAAUCCUCGAAGACAGACCUAUGUCAUGUUUGGAGACUAUUUGGAGAACAUUAUCCACCAGGGUUUCUCAAAAAGUUUUUUCUUGGGCAACAAUUGGCAGCUGGUUGCAGAGAUAACAGCAACUUACCUGUUAGUGUUUGUAACUUGUGGGUCUGCUGCACUAAGUGCAAAUGAUGAACACAGAGUUUCAAAACUUGGAGCAUCUAUUGCAGGUGGUCUCAUGGUGACUGUUAUGAUAUACGCAGUUGGCCACAUCUCUGGCGCACACAUGAACCCUGCCGUCACUCUGGCUUUCGCCGCUGUCAGACACUUUCCCUGGAAACAGGUUCCAUUUUAUGCUGCAGCUCAACUAACAGGAGCCAUUUCUGCUGCAUUUACACUGCGUGUACUGUUGCACCCAAUCAAACAUCUAGGCAUUACAUCACCCUCUGGAACAGAUAUUCAGGCUCUGAUCAUGGAGUUGGUAGUAACUUUUUCUAUGAUGUUCAUCGCUUCAGCUGUCGCAACAGAUACCAAAGCAAUAGGAGAGCUAGCAGGUAUAGCAGUUGGUUCUGCAGUAUGCAUAACUUCCAUCUUGGCUGGACCGGUAUCAGGUGGAUCAAUGAAUCUGGCAAGGACCAUAGGUCCUGCAAUAGCUAGCGGCUAUUACAAAGGGGUUUGGGUGUAUGUGCUUGGGCCGGUUUGUGGAACUCUGCAGGGGGCAUGGUCAUACAAUCUGAUCCGAGUGACAAACAAACCAGUUCAGGCAAUUUUACCAGCUUCAUUUUCGUUUAAACUUCACCGAAUGAGGAGCGAUAAUGAGCAGGUUACAGCCAAUGAUCCUCUCAACGUUCUGUAGAAAUGGGUAUAACAAAUCUAGGUGAAUUUCUCAGAGCAGAGUGUGAAGGCCCUCCACUUUGAGAUUAUGUUUUGUAAAUUGACGUGCAGUAAAGCAGCAUUCUGGUAAAACUUUAGAUGUGAUGAAUCAGAGUCUCAGAAUUGCUGAUGAAAACAGUUGUGCCUGAUUACUUUCCAACAUUCAAAAUAGAAAGAGCAAAACCUGUGAAUAUUUGAAAAUUAAAAACAUGAGAAUGGAUGGGACAAUUAUAUAUUCAACUUCAGUAACAACUAAAACCAAAAACAGGACAAGUUCUUGUUAUAGUAUUUACAGAAUUGGCAUAAUAUUAGAACCAACAAAGAAAACAGCAGUUCAAAAGGCCCU